AUUUAUCAUUGAUAAUAUAUUUUACAACCAAAUUCCGAAUAUUCAAAAUAUCUUUUAUUAUCGUUGAUUGUACGUAUUAUAAUUGUUAUGUCUGAUUCUUCCCCUCUAUACGCGAGACAUGCGGGACAUCAUCAUACAAUCAAUGUUAAGUAUGGAUAUUUUAUACUUUUAUUAUCGGCAAUUCAUGCGGGUAUAAUCUUUACUCUGAUGUAUAUAUAUGUUAAGAAUUGGAAUAAAACUGGUUCUGUCAAGCGGGUUUCCUGGUUACUGCUGCUGCUGAUCUUACCCUUGCUUGCCACAGUAAUUCUUUGGGCUCUUAUCCUUACCGGGACUUCCGUAUGGGCCAUAGAUUGGAAAGAUAAUUAUACCGUUUUCAUUAAAAGAACUGGUAGACUUUGUGUCGCAUUGAUUCCAUUUGAUAUGUUUUUAGUAAUUAGAUCAAGUGGUUAUUCAUCUUCACCAACUUCAGGUCAAUUCUUUAAUUAUUUGGCUCAUAUAAAUCUACAUAAAUGGAUUUCAAGAUUAAUUAUUUUAUUUUCAUCAAUUCAUUCAAUUGGAUUUAUUUGGAAAUGGAUUCAUGAAGGAGUUCUUUAUGAUAAGAUUUUUAUCCUUUUAAAUUCAUUAGGUGUUAUUGUAUGGAUCACAUCUUUGAUUCUAAUUAUUAUUUCUUUAAAAUAUUUUAGAUCAAGAUAUUAUCGGUAUUUUUACCUUUGGCAUAAUAUUACAGUAUGGGGCUUUGUUGUUUUAAUUGGAUUCCAUGCCCGUCCUGGAAUUUCAUUAUAUUCAUUUUUAUGUAUAAUGAUCCUUUUCUUACAAAUUUAUUUAAGAUUUUCUCAACAAACUACCCUUGAAGAAGUCCAAAUUGUUAAACCAAAUUCUAAUAGUGGACUUUAUGUGGUUAGAAUUAAUAAAUUAUAUGUUCCACCUUGGUCUCCAGGAUCUCAUAUAAGAAUAUCUGAAUCUAAUUCAUUCAAACAAUAUUUAUAUCCUAGUCAUCCUUAUACAAUUGCAUCAACAAUUGAUGAUUCCACCUUAGAUUUGGUGGUAAGAACUAGUAAAAGAUUUCAAUUCCAUCAAGGAGUGAAAUAUAAUCUUUCUGGUCCAUAUACUUCUCUUCCAGAUCCAUUUUUCUCCACUGCUGAACAAGUGGUAAUUAUUUGUGGAGGAUCUGGAAUUUCAUUUGGAUUACCCUUAAUUAAAGGUUUAACUCUUAAUUCUAAUGCUAAAGUUGAUUUAUUUUGGUGUAUUAGAACUAUUGGAGAUUUAGAAAUUUUGAAAAUUUUACAAGUAAAUGAAAAUAUUAAUGUUUAUAUUACAGGAGUUGAAAAUGAUAUAUAUACAGAAGGAGGAGAUGAAGAUACUGUUUCUGAAGGAUUAUUGAAUAAUCUGGAACAAACUGAUCAUUCAACAAGUUUUGAAUUGGAUUCAUUGGAAUCAGAAGAAGAACAAAUUAAUAAUGCUAAUAAAUUUAAUCCUUCAACUAUCAUAAAUAGAGGAAGACCUGAUUUUAAUAUGAUUUUCUCUUCAUUAAUUGAAGGAGAAUCUAAAAAUAAUAAAUGGAUAGUUGCAUGUGGUCCAAGAGGAUUGGUUCAUGAUGCAAGAAAAUGGAGUGAUCAAAACAAGGUUCCUUUUAUUUCCGAAGUUUAUGAGAUGUAAAACGGGAGAAAAUUGGAGUUCAAAAAACAAAAAGUGAAAAAAAUGGAAAUGGGAACGGUAAAUUAAAUGGCAUGAUAUAUAAUUAAUGUGAUAUUUAAUGUUAAUUUUU